UUGGAGGAUUACCGCCGAAUACUCUCCGGCUAGGGAACUUUUUUGUGUUUGUUGUUUCAGAUCUGAUGUUAGAGCGAAGGCUCGAGUAUGAUCUCAGCUUUCCAACGCCAUCUCAAGCGCACCUUGACUUUUGGCCGAUCCACAGAACCUGAACGGUCAAAUGCCGAGUCUUUCAGCGUCUUCACCAGUGCGGCGGCUUGGUUAUAUGGAUUUUCAAAGGCACCAAGCCCCACCAACACAUCUAGAUUUAAGUCCCAUUCAUACUCAAACUCACUUAGGCCCGUGUCAAACCAUCUACACCCAGCCGCCCAAUGCGUAGAAGAAAGUAGUCAUGACGUUUGGCCGGAACAUUUCUCCAAGGUUCAACCACUCCAAAGAAGGAGGAAUAGAAUUGCCACGACAUUCGGAGACCGGCUGUAAAAGAAAGAUUAAAAACGUAAAAUAUCAUCCACCCGUUGAAGUGAGCGUCCAAAUGGACAUGUAUUCGCAUAACCCGUUUUGACCUCUACACGCUUCAGGUGUGUUCCGUCGGACCUCUAUCUCAAGGUAAACCAGAUAAGCCCACCAAUAGGAAGUUAGGAACCCCGACACUGGAGUCCCAAGUUGACGUUCCAUCAUCCCACUGACCAUUAGUUAUUUAUCUCAAGUUGUUCCAGAGGAACACUGAACCGUAUUUCCGUGAAUAAAUCCCAGUAGCUCGUCGCGGGAGGGAAAAUUAAAACAAAUAAGAAAAGGAAUUAAUAGAACACCAGACGCUAACCAAACCUCGGGCUGGAAUUCUAGGUGUUGAUAGCUUGUUUGUUCCAUCGGAUCUAUAAUGGCGGAAGAGACGAGAGGGGAGCGGUAGAUGAGGUGCAAGCGCCAUCCCUCCGAGAACGCCGUCGGCGUCUGCGGCCCCUGCCUCCGCGAGCGCCUCCUCGCCCUCCUUGCCGAUCAGGCCGACGACGCGCCGGACCACCGCCGGAAGCCGGAGCCCCCGCCACCUCCGCCGGGCCUUCAGUUCCCCCGAUCCGUCUCUCCCUACGUCUCCCGCCGCCGAUCCGCCGACCCAACCCCCUGCCGCCUCUCAGGCGUCGUCUUCAGCACCCCUCGGGUCGGCCCGUCCUCCUCCACCGCCGCCGCCGGCGGCUUCUGGAGGAGGGGCUCCGGGAAGUCAUCUCUUCUAUCGUCCCUGUUCGGGCUCUCAAGAUCCGAGAAAGCCGAGCCCGGUCCCGGUAUCUCGGAGACUCCCAGAUCGAGUUCUUGGCUCUCGGUUCUCGUCCACGGCCACCGGAAGAAGAAGAAUUCGAGGCUAUUCUCCGGGGAGGAGGCGGCCGAGAGAAGGUCGUGCCCCGCGAUGGACCGGGGAAUGUCGCCGGACACGGAUUGCUCCCCGUCGGGAAACGAGUGCGCCGCGGAGUCGCCGGGCAGGUGCUGGAGAUCGACUCCGUCGACGAUGCGGCGGCCGGCUGCGUGCCAACACCACCACCGAAGCGGGGGCCUCGCGGGCUUCGCCGUCUGCCUGAGCCCGCUGGUGAGGGUGAGCCACGGCCACUGGAGGAGCCAGGAGGCAGCGGAGGUGGGGUUCUCCGGAGAGCUCCGGAGCACCCUAAAGCCGCACCACCGCUGCCACCUGUCCGGCGGGGCCGCCGCGAUCGGCCCGAGCCGGUCGAGGAAGCUGGUGGACUUUGGUAAGUUCCGAUGACGCUUUUACCCUGCCUCUCCCCCCUUUGCCACGUCUGCCCUUUUUAUUUUAAGGAAAAAAGGUCAAUUUUUUAUUGGAUUUUAAUUAAGUAGCUUAUAUAUAUAUAUAUAUAU